ACAGAGACUCGAGAGUAUGCUCCACCUCUCCAGACAGUUCCCAGCCACAGUCAGGGCUACUAAAGAAGCUAGCUCGUCCUAGGACUCGCUCUGAAAAAAGCCAGCCAGCUCUGCUGAGGUUCUUCCAGCCAGGCAGCGAGAUGAACCAGCGGACGGAGCGCCGCGGGAUCCACGUGGACCAGUCGGAGCUGCUCUGCAACAAGGGCUGUGGUUACUAUGGCAACGUGGCCUGGCAGGGCCUAUGCUCCAAGUGUUGGCGGGAAGAGUACCAGCGGGCCCGACAGAAGCAGAUCCAGGAGGACUGGGCCCUGGCUGAGAAGCUGCAGAAGGAGGAGGAGGCUGCCUAUGCCAGUAUCCAGGGGGCCCAGGCUCAACCCCAGGCAUCACUUGCCCCCUUCUCUAAGUUCGAGGAGAAGAAGACCAACGAGAAGACGCGCAAGGUGACCACCGUGAAGAAGUUCUUCAGUCCCUCGUCACGGACAGCCCCCAAGAAAGCCCCCAGUGAGGGAGAGGAGAAGGUGACAGGCCUCAGAGACUGGAGAGGAAUGUUUACUCCCCCUUGGGAAAUGGGCUCCCCCACAGAAGAGAACCAGGAGGGCAAGACCCCCAGCCCCUCCAUCAGCCGCCAGUCCAGCAUCGAGACUGACCGCGUCUCCAGAGACUUUGUGGACUUCCUGAAGAUCCUGCAGAAGCCAGGCCGCGAGAUCCACAAGCAGAGCAGAGCCUUCAUCGAGAUCAUGGCCAACAAAAAGGACUUAGGUGCUGAUGAGCUGUCUGAGUGUGUCCAAGACUUCUACCAGAACAUGUCCGACCGCCUCAUGACCCAUUUUAAAGGCUCUACAGAGCGUGUUGAGCAAGUGAUGGACGAGGUGGAGAAGUACAUUAUGACUCGCCUAUAUAAGAGCGUCUUCUGCCCCGAGACCACAGAUGAUGAGAAGAAAGACCUGGCCACUCAGAACAGGAUACGGGCAUUACACUGGGUGGACAUUCAGAUGCUCUGUGUGCCAGUGGAUGAGGAGAUCCCAGAGGUGUCAGACAACGUGGUCAAAGCCAUAACAGACGUCAUUGAGAUGGACUCCAAGCGGGUACCAAGGGACAAGCUAGCGUGCAUCACGCGCUGCAGCAAGCACAUCUUUAGCGCCAUCAAGAUCACCAAGAGCGAGCCAGCCUCGGCAGACGACUUCCUGCCCACCCUAAUCUACAUCGUACUGAAGGCCAACCCUCCACGCCUGCAGUCCAACAUCCAGUACAUCACCCGCUUCUGCAACCCCAGCAGGCUCAUGACCGGAGAGGACGGAUACUACUUCACUAACCUGUGCUGUGCAGUUGCUUUCAUCGAAAAACUGGACGCCCAGUCCCUCAACUUGGACCCUGAGGACUUUGAGCGCUACAUGUCGGGCCAGGCCUCCCCUCGCAGGCCUGAGGUGGGCAGUAGCUGGCCCCAGAUGGACACUGCCGCUUCCAGACCCGCCCUGGCCCAGGUCUACCAGAACCUGGAUCUCCUGUCAGGCCUGGGGAGCCGGCAGGAAAGGGUUCUGGAGGGGGCGCGGAGCCUGCAGAGUGACCUGAUCACCUGGCAGGAGAGUGUGGAGCGAGAGGUGCAGGAAAUACUGGAGAAGUACCCGUUGGAGAUCCGCCCGCCUGCCCUCUCUGCCAUCGACUCGGACAACGUGGAAAACGACCGGCUGCCGCUGCCACUGACGCCCCAGGUGUUUGCUGGGUAAUAUCUCUCCAGAAUGGGAGGCAACAGAGGGCUUCUUGAACUAAUGAUCCCGCCUCUCUGAUCCCGUCAUUGGCUCUUUACUAUGGCGAGGUUCAGGAAAUGGCAGCCCCCUCGUGUCUCUACUGCUACCCUUUUAAACAUUCUCACACACUGUAAGCAAAGUAGGCUUUUGUCCAUUUUGCCCUGGUUAAAUUAAGCAUUAAUAGAUAAAAAGGAAGGACUAAGUUUGAGGAAAAGGGUUAAGUGACCUUUAAUGGAACCAAGUCUAUGCAAUGCUCCUGCAUACACAUACUCCUUUUAGACUAGCCCUCUUCAGAUCAGAUGGCCUCACGCUAUGUAUGGCUGAGUUGGCAUUAGGCCCUAGUCUGCACUCCUCUACAUCCCCGCUGCACUGACACAGAUGGCACACCUUGAAACUGUAAGAUUACUUCUCCACCUUGUCAUGCUGAGGAAAGGGGUAUGUUAUUUUUAGAUAGCUGCUAGUGAAUUUGGGAAAUGCUGACUCCUGCACCUUGCAGUAUGAACUCUUCAGAAUUCUAUACUCUGUUUGCAUGUGCUUUGCGCCUAGCCUUCUUGAGUCACCACCAUGGGACUAGGCUGCAGUCUAAUUGUGCGCAACAGGGGGAAAAAAGGAUGAAUGUCAUCCAAAACCAAAGGUCUUAAGCAGGUUCUUAUAUGUGAGUAUGCCCCAAUGUGUGGUCUCAACUAAUAUUUUGAAUGCUAAUAUAGAACGCUUAAUCAUCAGACUUAACUGAGAGGAAAUUAUGAAUUAAGGUACUUUUAACUUCUCUCAUUCAUUUUAGAUCGCAAUUAUGUGUCAGUAGGGCCAAGAGCCCUCACUGUAUGUAUUCAAGUUUGGACCUAGUUUUUCCUGAUAAUGUGACCUGACCAGGAAAACCUCCGCUUACUACUCAUCUAGUAUGCCCAUGAGGCAAAGUAAUGCAGAAGAAUGCUUCUUGUUAUACCAUGGAAUCGCAGGGCAUGAUUUUUUAAAUGUUUGAUCCAUGGUGCUGGUUUGCUGGAGCAGCAAACUACAAUGUGUACUACAAUAGGGAAAUUAUCAUGUAUGUCCCUAAAUGAACAAUGCAUUAAAAGGGAAUUUCUUCUUUCAGUUACAUACAGUAUGUAUUAGUGGGGGAUAAUAACAAUAUUAUUGGGAGGCAGUAUAAUGGUAAGUUUGCAUUGUAAUAUAUUAACGUUGGAUAAACAAUAACUCCCUAUGGCAUUAGGAGAGGCAGAGCCCAUAACACUCCUUAAUUAACACUGUCACUGUUUAACUUGAUCAAACACUGUUUCAUUGUUUGUAAGCCUUCCUUGGUGCACUGCUGCUAUUUUUCUAAUUUGAUUUGCGAGUUUGAUGGUACAGAAUUAUCUGGCUGUAAAAAUAAGUCAAGGCAAUGAUACUACUUGAGCUAAACGUGAGAACUUAUCCAGAAGCUUGCUAAUAUACAGUAUGUGGCCCUGUAAUUUCAUUAUAAUCACAUUUCAAAUGGUCGUAAAAUAUUCAAGAGGAUGCCAGCCUAGUGAAACAAAGGAUAAAUAGAGGACUUAAUACGCUAUUUAUGCUGUUUUUUCCCCAUUUUGCCACAGACUUUUAAUUUUGCAACAGAUCUGGGAACGGCAUCCUAACAUUUAUUUAUUCUUCAGAUAGAGUGGUACUUGUUACAAUCUGUGAAACCUAAAGUUUGACCAAGAUGCAAGUUACUGUGUUAUGUACAAAAUGCCAGUGAACUGCUGAUAUGGAUUGUGGCAUGUUGUACAUCAUAGAAGUAAUUGUGAAAGAUGGAUGAUACCUGGGGAAUGUUCAGUAGGGUGAAAUGCUCAGAACAAUGCAGAUACUUUUGUAUAUGUUUUAGGGACACUUAACAGUUGGAUCUGAUUACCGCAUGGUAUUUGCUCUAUUACAUGCCUUUUCUAUCUGCAAUCCAUUGAACAUUUUAAUCACCUGAAUAAGCCCCUGGUUGUAAUACUUCAACAUCACUCUCUGCUGUCACACAGACAUAAUAUGUACUCUACUUUAACACUGUAAUCAACUGUGACUGACUGCUGAGUCUCUAAGAGGUUUGUAAACAAGUAUGUGUAUAUUUGUCAACUUUUAAACUGAAUGGCACAUCACUAUUUAUUAUGGAAAUGUAACUUAUAAGAAUAGCCUUGUUUUACAGUGUCUAUUGCUGGUGUAUUUAAUUGCCAUUAAGUGAAUAAACCCCAGGAACUCAAAUCCA